UUUCAGCAGAAACAAAAUUCAAACACUCAUAUCAUCUCAACUUCCAAAACCUCCUCACCUCUCAUGUCUUAACCCAAACCACUACCACCACUCCGCUCGGUCUUUUCUUUAAUGGCCUUCUCUUUCUGCACCCAAUGCUCUUCCUUCUCUCUCUCCCCCACCCUCAACCCAACCCCUCCCCCUCUCUCUCCCUCUCACAAAUCCCUCACCUCUCUCUUCUUCCCCCACCAUAAACGACUCGUCGUCCACUCCUCCCUCUCCUACUCCGCCACCACCCACCCCCUCCCCCCGGACUUCACUCCUCAGCAUCUCCUCGACUCCCUCCGCCGCCAAAACGACGAGUCGUCCGCCCUCCGCCUCUUCGAUUGGGCCUCCAAGCAGCCCAGUUUCUCCCCCACCUCCGCCGUCUACGAGGAAGUCCUCGGCAAGCUCGCCAAAUCCGGGUCUUUCGAGACUAUGAAGGACAUCUUGGACGAAAUGAAGCGAAACCAGUGCCUAACUAGAGGUAGCUUCUUGAUUCUGAUUGAGAGCUACGCUGUGUUUGAUUUGUAUGAUGAGAUUUUGGGCGUUGUUGAUGUGAUGGAGAGUGAGUUCGGGGUGGAACCCGAUACACAUUUCUUUAAUUACUUGAUGAAUGUUUUGGUUGAUGGCAAUAAGCUUAAACUGAUCGAAACUGCGAAUUCGAGCAUGAAUAGCAGGGGGAUUAAGCCUGAUGUUUCGACGUUUAAUAUUUUGAUUAAGGCAUUGUGUAAAGCUCAUCAGAUUAGGCCGGCGCUUUUGUUGAUGGAGGAGAUGGGGAGCUAUGGUUUGAAGCCUGAUGAGAAGACUUUUACUACCAUAAUGCAGGGGUACAUCGAGGAGGGCGAGAUGAAAGGUGCAUUGAGGAUAAGGGAGCAGAUGGUGGAGUAUGGUUGCGAGUGUAGUAAUGUGACUGUUAAUGUUUUGGUUAAUGGGUUUUGCAAGGAGGGUAGGGUUGAUGAGGCGUUUAGUUUUAUUGAGAAGAUGGUGGAGGAGGGGUUUUCUCCAGAUCAGUAUACUUUUAAUACGUUGGUGAAGGGUUUGUGUAGAGUCGGGCAUGUUAAGCAUGCUUUGGAGAUUAUGGAUGUCAUGUUGCAAGAGGGGUUUGAGUUGGAUAUCUAUACGUAUAACUCUUUGGUUUCGGGGUUGUGUAAGUUGGGGGAGAUUGAGGAGGCCGUGGACAUUCUCGAUCAGAUGGUUUCGAGGGACUGUUCCCCAAAUACCGUCACCUAUAAUACGCUCAUUAGCACUUUGUGCAAGGAGAAUCGGGUUGAGGAGGCAACUAAGCUUGCUCGUGUACUUACCGGCAAGGGAAUUAUACCUGAUGUUUGUACUGUCAAUUCGUUGAUUCAAGGUCUCUGCUUGAACAGUAAUCAUAAAGUUGCUAUGGAGCUGUUUGAGGAGAUGAAGAUGAAAGGGUGUCAGCCUGAUGAGUUUACUUACAGUUUGCUGAUAGACAGCUACUGUUCUAGAGGGAAGCUGGAGGAGGCUUUGAGCUUGCUGAAAGAUAUGGAGUCAAGUGGCUGCGCGAGAAAUGCUGUAGUAUACAAUACUCUGAUUGAUGGAUUCUGCAAAAACAAGAGGAUUGAAGAUGCAGAAGAGAUUUUUGAUCAGAUGGAACUACAGGGAAUCUCAAGAAAUUCAGUGACCUACAAUACCCUUAUUGAUGGCCUUUGCCAGAGUAGGAGGGUGGAGGAAGCUUCUCAACUGAUGGACCAGAUGAUAAUGGAAGGUUUGAAGCCUGACAAGUAUACCUACAACUCAUUACUCACCUAUUUCUGUAGGUCGGGGGAUAUAAAGAAGGCAGCCGAUAUUGUUCAAAACAUGAGUUCAAAUGGGUGUGAACCGGAUAUUGUCACUUAUGGUACCCUAAUUCAGGGUUUAUGUAAGGCAGGAAGAACUGAGGUUGCGAGUAGACUCCUAAGGAGUUUGCAAAUGAAAGGGUUGGUUCCAACUCCCCAUGCUUAUAACCCUGUAAUACAAGCACUCUUUAAACGAAAGAGAACAACAGAAGCUAUGAGGCUUGUUCGAGAAAUGAUGGAGAAGGGUGAUCCUCCGGAUGCUGUGACAUUUAAGAUUGUCUUUCGUGGGCUCUGUAAUGGUGGAGGACCAAUUGGAGAAGCAGUUGAUUUUGCAAUCGAGAUGAUGGAAAAAGGAUACUUACCAGAAUUCUCAUCAUUUUCUAUGCUGGCUGAGGGACUAUACGCUUUAUCCAUGGAGGAUACCCUGAUCAAGCUUGUAGAUAUGAUCAUGGAGAAAGCAAGAGUUUCAGACAGUGAAGCGUCGAUGAUAAGGGGUUUCCUCAAAAUCCGAAAAUUUAAAGAUGGAUUGGCCACUCUUGGUGGUAUUUUGAAUAGCCAAAGGCCCAGAAAAUCUUAUUGGAUCAGAAGUUAGUUUCUAUCCUUUUCAGUUGUUGCCAUAAAUCUUGGUAUUAGUACAUAAUAGUGCUGUUGAAUUUCUUUGGUUGGCGGGGAAACACUCUUCUGACAUCCCAAAUUGUCCAAAAGGAAAGUCAGGUACUUUUGUUACCAUAAGCACUGUCUUUGCAUACUUUCAUAUACCACUGCCAAAAAUGGUUUCAAGUUUUCUUUUGAAACCCAAUUUUAUAAACUUAUGUAGUAGAUAUUUAGGACGUAAAAGUAUCUCAGCUAAUUUUUGAAGUGUACUAGCUAGCCAUGCCUCCCCUA